CACUACAACAUCCCGAACCUCUCGAGCUUCUUGAACAGUCACAAAUAGAAACCGACAAUGCGAUGAACCGCACCUCAUCCUCGCACUCGCGCCCCCGCAGACCCUCCCAUCCACAGUCCACACGCUCCGCCUCGUUCACACCCUCGCUCCGCCGGCGCAACACAUCGCACUCGAUCCAAUCUCUCGACCAUGACGACGACCCGGAGGCUGCUCAAAACACGCACACGGACCACGCCAUUGUUGAGGAAAUUGCUGAGAUAAAACGCUAUGAAGACUUCACAACAAUAGACUGGGUGCAAGACGCUGCGCGCGAGCAACUGCGGCGCAAAGCACGGCGCAAGCAACGCUCCAACAUAGGAGCCAGCGGAGACACCAAAGCAGUUUUCCUCGGCCGUGGACGCGGAACCUGGCGGCGCAAAAUCGCAGAAGCAUACGAUGCAGGACAAGCAUGGAUCGUGGUCACGCUCGUAGGCGCUGCAAUUGGACUCAACGCCGCGUUCCUAAACAUUGUGACAGAGUGGCUCGCGGACAUUAAGCUGGGGCACUGCACCACGGCGUUCUAUCUGAAUGAGAGUUUCUGCUGUUGGGGUGCGGAGAGCGGAUGUCCCGAGUGGAAACGCUGGAGUGGCUUUUGGCCGAUGAAUUACUUCUUCUACAUACUUUUUGGGGCUGUGUUUGCGGCGACGGCGGCGCGCCUCGUCAAGAGUUUCGCGCCGUAUGCGGCGGGAAGUGGUAUCAGUGAGAUGAAGUGCAUCAUUGCUGGGUUCGUCAUGAAAGGCUUCCUCGGCGCAACAACACUGUUCAUCAAAUCCAUUGGACUGCCGCUGGCCAUUGCAUCAGGGCUGUCGGUCGGCAAGGAAGGACCGAGUGUGCACUAUGCGGUCUGUACAGGGAAUGUGAUUAGUAGGUUCUUUGACAAGUAUCGAAGGAAUGCGGCCAAGACGAGGGAGAUUCUCAGUGCGAGUGCGGCGGCGGGCGUGGGUGUUGCGUUUGGCAGUCCGAUAGGAGGGGUGCUGUUCAGUCUGGAGGAGAUGAGCAAUUAUUUUCCGCUCAAGACUCUCUGGAGGAGUUACUUUUGUGCGCUUGUGGCUACGGCUGUCUUGGCGGCCAUGAACCCCUUUCGCACCGGCCAGCUUGUCAUGUUUCAAGUCAAAUAUGACCGCUCAUGGCACUUCUUCGAGAUACUCUUCUACAUCAUCAUCGGCGCGUUUGGCGGGCUUUACGGCGCCUUCGUGAUCAAGUGGAAUCUCAAGAUGCAGAUCUUUCGCAAGAAAUACCUGUCCCAAUACCCCAUUACGGAAGCAGUCACGCUGGCUGUUUUGACGGCGGUGAUUUGCUAUCCGAACACGUUCCUGAGGAUCGAUAUGACGGAGAGCAUGGAGAUUCUGUUCCAGGAGUGCGAAGGGAACAAAGAUGAUGGUCAGCUCUGUGAUCGAGAUGAGCGGUGGCAUAUGAUUGGGUCACUGGCGAUUGCUACGAUUGUUCGGACGCUGCUUGUUGUCAUAUCAUUCGGGUGCAAGGUACCAGCUGGAAUUUUCGUACCCUCGAUGGCCGUCGGAGCUGCAUUCGGGCGCAUGGUUGGCAUCUUUGUCCAGCACAUCCACGAGAGCUUCCCGAACUCGGCCUUCUUCGCGGCCUGCGAGCCAGACGGGCCUUGUAUCACGCCGGGUACAUACGCGUUCCUGGGCGCUGCGGCUGCGCUCAGUGGGAUCAUGCACAUCACUGUCUCCGUCGUAGUCAUCAUGUUCGAAAUCACAGGAGCACUGACGUAUAUCCUACCGACUAUGAUCGUCGUUGGCGUCACAAAGGCAGUCUCCGAGCGCUUCGGGCACGGAGGCAUCGCAGAUCGCAUGAUCUAUCUCAACGGCUAUCCCUUCCUUGACAACAAGGAAGAGCACACUUUCGGCGUACCCGUAUCGCAAGUCAUGGCCUCGCACGUUGUCUGUCUCCCAGCAACCGGCAUGGAGCUCAAGCAGAUGGAGCGCCUCGUGAAUGAAAAUCACUACCAAGGAUACCCCAUCGUCGAGAACAUGGAGAACAAGACUUUGAUAGGCUACAUAGGCCGCACAGAGCUCCGCUACGCCAUCGACCGCGCAAAGAAAGACCAGAUGGCACCUGGGCACGCAAAGUGCUCCUUCUCCACCUCCACUGGAAGCCAGGAUUCCCGCACACCCUCGUUAACGAUACCCGCCGUGACAUUCGACAGCAUGCCCGCCACUUCUUCAUCCCUCAAUCUCGACUUCGCGCGCUUCAUUGACCCCACACCCUUGACCGUACACCCCCGCCUCCCGCUGGAGACUGUCAUGGAGCUCUUCAAGAAGAUGGGGCCACGCGUGAUUUUGAUUGAAUACCGCGGCCGGCUGACAGGUCUCGUGACGGUCAAAGACUGUCUGAAGUACCAAUUCAAGGUUGAGGCAGGGCAUGGCGGGGGGAGUGGCAGUGGUGGAGAUGAGGGGAUGGAACGAGUGUAUGGAGUCUUGAAAAGCGUGGCUUUGUGGGUUGAUGGGGGGUUAGACGUUGUAAGAAGGAUGGUAGGCAUUGGAAGGGGGAGGGGUGGAGAGGUCAGGCUGGUCAGUCCGACGAUUAGGGGGCCUGUGAGGAGAGGAGAGGAUCAGGAGACGUUUUCUGUGGGAGAGGAGGAUGAUGAUGGGGAUGUGGGGACUGGGGUGGAGUUAGAGGAUCGUGGGAGGAGUACAAGAUAGAUAAUAGAGUUUCCAUGUAUUGCUUCUUCCAGCUUGUACUUGAACAGACCCUCGAGUCUGGAGAGCAUUGACGAUGGCUUUAGCCUGGAGCCGACAUUAACCCGAUCCCACGUGCCUGGUGAGCUGGCAAUGCCUUCCUCUCGCGGGGAGUUGAGCGAACAUGAAUAGAGUGAUUGAUAGUAAUAGCAACAACAAGAC